CCCCGGGGUGCUGUAAACAUGGCUGGAAGCAGUGGUAGUGCCGGCUGCGCGGUGCCGGAGUACGAGGUGCCUGAGUUGUACACGCGCGUGUUUCACGUGGGUUCCUUUGGCGCGCUCUGGAAGCAGAACCUGCACAGGGCAGACCUGUCUGUGCAGGAGGCGGUGGCCGAGGACGGGGCUGCCACCGUGGCUGAGGAUUUGGGCUGCGGGCUGGAGACUGCAGCAGAGCUUAGGGCUGUGUGCAGUACUGACAUGUUAAAGUCCCCUGAUAAAGAAGAAGAUCCAGAGAUUAUUUCUGAAGACAGCAGCCUAGUAACUCUUCGAAUUAGAAAGAAGGCCCUGGAGAGGCGAGAAGAAACCAUAAUUGUAGAUCGCACUUGCAGACAAGAAACAUUUAUUUAUGAAAUGGAGUCUCAUGCAACUGGAAAGAGGCCAAAAGAUCCAGCAAAUCUAAUUGAGGAAGGAGAACUUUUCCUAACUCUGAACAUCUUCUAUCCCGUCAUAUUUCAGAAGCAUAAAGAUCACAAACCUUAUCAGACAGUGCUUGUGUUGGGCAGUCAAAAACUCACUGAGCUCAGAGACUCCAUUUCCUGUGUCAGCGACCUUCAGAUAGGUGGUGAGUUCAGCAGCCACCCUGACCAGGCACCAGAGCACAUUAGCAAGGAUCUCUACAAAUCUGCUUUCUUUUAUUUUGAAGGCGUUUUUUACAAUGAUAAAAGGCACCCAGAGUGCAGAGAUCUGAGCAGAACAAUUAUUGAGUGGUCAGAAUCUCAUGAUCGAGGCUAUGGGAACCUUCAGACUGCUAAAAUGGAGGACUACACGUUUAAUGACUUGUCCAUCAAAAUUGGUUUUCCAUACCUCUUCUGUCACCAAGGAGAUUGUGAGCAUAUCAUUAUCAUCACAGACAUAAGGCUUGUUCAUCAGGAUGACUGCCUGGACAGAACCCUGUAUCCCUUGCUAAUCAAGAAGCAUUGGUUAUGGACUAGAAAAUGCUUUGUAUGCAAAAUGUAUACAGCCAGGUGGGUGACUAAUGAGGACAGUCUCGCUCCAGAGGACCCCUGUUUCUUCUGUGAUGUUUGUUUUCGAAUGCUCCAUUAUGAUGCAGAAGGCAAUAAACUGGGAGAGUUCCUUGCUUACCCUUACGUUGACCCAGGGACUUUCAACUAAGGCUUCAACAAGAAUGAAUUCAGUGAACUGGAACCAUGAAUCUGCUGCAGUGGCGGUUGGGUGGUUCUGAACAGAUGUAGUCUGAAAUACUGCUUAGGCCGUCGUUCCUUCGUUCAGUAGCGGGGGUUCCUGCGCACAUCAAGUUUUUUUGUCUUGUUGGUAAUCUAGAAAGGGAGCAUUUAUUUUUACACAAUGGAUUAGUGUGGAGGAAACAGCCUCAGCCAUGCUUCAUUUUAACUAUAAAAAUGUAAAAGUACUGUUUACUUUAAAAAAAAAAAAAAAAAAAGUGCUUACAGUACAUUAAAUGUGGAACUAUAGACUUCUAGGCAGAGAGACUAACACUUACAAACCUGGGUGUCCAAAGCUAGGGUCCUGAAUAAAAGAAAUCUGAUCUUUAAAAGCUGUGCUCCUUUGGCUUCCAUUAACUUCAUAGGAUACUCCAUUUGACUUGUAGGCACCCUGGUUUGAAAAUUCUGGCCACAGUUGCCUCUGAACAAGGGCAGAUGACUUUCAUUAACUCUGGCAGUAAUCCAAACCAAUCAAGAGGAGAGAAUACAUCCUAAGAAACCAGUCACAGAAUGCUAGUUUAUUUCCAGUCUUGCUUCAAGCAAUGGCUGCUUGUUAUUAAUCAACACAUUUUCCUUUCUUCCGUCUCUCUCUCUCUCUCUGAAGGAAUAGGCAUAUGUGAAGAGUAAAAUAUGUUGAUUUAGCAAUGCACAGUGGCCUACAUUUCAAAUUAAUUUCCUUUUUAUUUCAAUUCCUAUGCUCCUGAGUUUAUCAACUCAGUUAAAGUUCAUAAUGGGCAUUAUUGCAAGUGCAUCUUUGCUAUUUUAAUAUUACUUGACUUCUCUUUACUGAAACUUAAUAAAGUCCUAUAGUCUAAUUAAAAUGUGACCUGUCAGCCAAGUUCAUUCUGCUCAUGGAAUAUUACAUAAGUAAGAGUACCUCUGCUUGCUGAGAUAUAUUUCAAUCUUCCAGGGAGACUAGAUGUAGAGGGUUUUUUUUGUUUUUUAGUAUUCUGAAAUUCUGGGAAGUUGAACGGAACAGACCUCUGCUGUUUAGUAAGAGUAAUAGCAUGAAUUGCUCUUCUCUCAUACAUUUCAAAAAGUCCAUCAGUUUAAAAAAAAAAAAAAAAUCAGCUUUGCUGGGCAUGGAAGUGCCUUCACCUUGUGUAUAUAUGAAAAGAGUUUGUCAGAACUGACUCUGUAUUAUUCAGGUUUUUAUAUGCCUCAAUUGUGCCAACACUUACUCACAAUAGUGAGGUUAAGCAGAUGUGUAGUCCCACUGACUUAAAAAAUUAAGUAUCUGUGUAAGUGUUGGCAGGGGAUCGGGGUCACUAUUGUAUCUGAAUGCCUUCUUGUGGCACUUUAAGCAUUGUGACUAGUAUCAGUCAGUGGUCCUUUCUCCUUUCCUCUGCUGGGAGAAGAAUUAUUUGAAGUUUAUUUUUAUUUUACUCCUACAUUUGCUGUGCUAUAUGUCCUUUGAAAAUAAGGUCAAAGAAAACUUCCACUUGGGAUGGAAGGUGGGGAGAUUUGUGAUAGUUUAGUGUCUGCUAAGUGCGAGUGUGUGGUACAUUCAGUGAUGAUUGAUCCACCAAACUCAAACAGUCAUUAUCUUAGACUGGGUAGUAGUAGUAGGGGAGAAACCGGUCAGGUAAAAGCAAGACUAUAGGAAACAUUUCACCAAUAUUCCAGCUUUGCAAUUCAUCUAAUUUUUUUUCUUAAAAGGUCUUAAUAGGGGCAGAGAGGUGUCAUGGCUGAAACCUAGAAUGUGGAUGGGUGUGAGCAGAAAACACAUUUGAAAUAUGCAUGCUCUUGAGCCCUACCUAGUAUUCUGUCUCUUUUCACAGUAGGCUGGUUUGUGCUGCUAUAAUGGCUUUUCAAAAAAUUCCCUUUAGAAUGCAACUUUUAUUGCAAAUUUCAUGUUCCUUCAAAGAGGAGCAUUAUAGUGAUGCUUACCUUCCCCAAGCCCCUCUUCAUUGGCUGCCUUCUAUUAACAUAUGGGCUUUCCAAUCCUCUUUAGCACUGCAACUGUGAUUAGACAGACAGCUGGUAUAAUUUCUAAAGCUACUGUUUUGUUGUGUGAUAGCUUAUCCAUCUGAAUUCUAAGAGGCCGAUCAGUACAGAUUUUCUUACUAUAAAGAAUAGAGAAAUUCUGAGAUAAGGAAACCAAAAGUUUAAGUUUGGUCUAUAGUUUUAAUAAUAUUCUUUCCUAUCCUGUUAGCUCUAAAUAACCUGACUAAUUAACCACUUCACCCUCUCACCUCUGCAAGGCAAAGUCUCAGACAAACUUACCUUAAAAUGACUGGUUUAUAUAGGGUUUUUUUUUUUUGUUUUUUUUUUUUUAAACAAAACCCAACUUGCUAGAGCCAGUCCUCCAUUUAUCUGAUAACGUGCAGAGAUACAAGUUACAGCUCUGGUUGUGAGAAUUUGCUAUAUUUAUGUAUUCUGAAGGGGAGAUAGAGGAGUGCUACUUGCCUUGUAUGUGUUGUGUUCUGGCCCUAUCAUAUGCCAAAUGAAGUGACUUGAAUGCUAUAUUGAGUAAAAAUCACAGUAAAUUAUA